AUUUGACAUGGUUGCCACUUAUCUAGACAGUCUCCCCUUAAACUCUGAGUAUCACAACUUCCGAUACUUCAGAUCGUGAGUCAACGGUGCAGAAUCUAGGGGUUCUUAUCUAUUCUGCCGAGGAUAUGCCGCAAGUGGCGCCACAGUUGGUGGUUGGUAAGGCAUACAACUCUACUGCGAUGAAUAUUAGCUGGGUUGCUGUUGAACAGACGAGAGAAAAAGUGCGAGGAAAACUUAUAGGACAUAGAAUAAAAUAUUGGAAAAAUGGAACAGAUGAACAGGAUGCUGUUUAUUAUUUGUCACGAACAACCAGGCCGUGGGCGCUCAUCGUUGGCUUGCAACCUGAUACAUAUUACUUUGUUAAAGCUAUGGUAUACAACGCAGCUGGAGAAGGACCCGAAAGUGAAAGAUACUUUGCCAUUUUUCUUCAAAACUGUCUAAUUUUUCCUUGGAAGACUGUAGCAGUGAAUUAUUGAUUUCCUUGUGUUGGUUUUAACUAGUGUUAACUGUACCUGUAUAGGGAAUUCAUUGCCACAUUAGGAUUUUGGAAGUUAUUCGUUGUCAUUCAUCAAUCUUGAUGUGAUUGAAUCUUUGUGUUUGAUACUACAAAAUCGUAUAUCCAUCUUUCUGAAAUUUUCAUUAUAAAUGUUGAUGAUCACAAAAACUUUUUUUG